CCGUGUAGGGGAACCUGAUUUGAGAUCAGUUCUUGGAGAACACAAAGAAGUGUGGUGGUGUGUUCCAGGAUUGAACCAGCUGCCCUUUGACCCUGCCAACAACAACGAGCCCCUGCAGUUUGGUAGUGCCAGUGGCCCUCUGGUCACAGAAGGCCUCAUUGAGAAUGGAGGGGAAUCAAGCAAGAAAAGAAAGAGAACAAAUGCUCCUUCAGCUGAUAAUAGUCGAACUCUGAAUGUGGAUUCCACUGCAAUGACACUACCUAUGUCUGAUCCAACUGCAUGGGCCACAGCAAUGAAUAAUCUUGGAAUGGCACCACUGGGAAUUGCUGGACAACCAAUUUUACCUGACUUUGAUCCUGCUCUUGGAAUAAUGACUGGAAUUCCACCAAUUACUCCAAUGAUGCCUGGUUUGGGAAUAGUGCCUCCACCAAUUCCUCCAGAUAUGCCAGUAGUAAAAGAGAUCAUACACUGUAAAAGCUGCACGCUAUUUCCUCCAAAUCCAAAUCUUCCGCCCCCUGCAACCCGAGAAAGACCACCAGGAUGCAAAACAGUAUUUGUGGGAGGCCUGCCUGAAAAUGGGACAGAACAGAUCAUUGUGGAAGUGUUUGAACAGUGUGGAGAGAUCAUUGCUAUUCGGAAAAGCAAAAAGAACUUCUGUCACAUUCGCUUUGCUGAGGAGUACAUGGUGGACAAAGCCCUUUAUCUGUCUGGUUACCGCAUUCGCCUGGGCUCUAGUACUGACAAGAAGGACACAGGCCGGCUGCACGUUGAUUUUGCACAGGCUCGAGAUGACCUGUAUGAGUGGGAGUGUAAACAGCGCAUGCUAGCACGAGAGGAGCGCCACCGGAGAAGGAUGGAAGAAGAAAGAUUGCGCCCACCAUCCCCACCCCCAGUGGUCCACUAUUCAGAUCAUGAAUGCAGCAUUGUUGCUGAAAAACUAAAAGAUGAUUCCAAAUUCUCAGAAGCUGUGCAGACCUUACUCACCUGGAUAGAGCGAGGAGAGGUGAACCGUCGCAGCGCCAACAACUUUUAUUCUAUGAUCCAGUCGGCCAACAGCCACGUGCGCCGCCUGGUGAACGAGAAAGCUGCCCAUGAGAAAGAAAUGGAAGAAGCAAAGGAGAAGUUCAAGCAGGCCCUUUCUGGAAUUCUCAUUCAAUUUGAGCAGAUAGUCGCUGUGUACCACUCUGCCUCCAAACAGAAGGCAUGGGACCACUUCACAAAAGCUCAGCGUAAAAACAUCAGUGUUUGGUGCAAACAAGCUGAGGAAAUUCGCAACAUUCAUAAUGAUGAAUUAAUGGGAAUCAGGCGAGAAGAAGAAAUGGAAAUGUCUGAUGAUGAAAUAGAAGAAACAACAGAAACAAAAGAACCUGAGGAAUCAGCCUUAGUAUCACAGGCAGAAGCUCUGAAGGAAGAAAAUGACAGCCUCCGUUGGCAGCUUGAUGCCUAUCGGAAUGAGGUAGAACUGCUCAAGCAAGAACAAGGCAAAGCCCACAGAGAUGAUGACCCAAAUAAGGAACAGCAGCUGAAACUCCUGCAACAAGCCCUGCAAGGAAUGCAACAGCAUCUACUCAAAGUCCAAGAGGAAUACAAAAGGAAAGAAGCUGAACUUGAAAAAAUCAAAGAUGACAAGUUGCAGGUGGAAAAAAUGUUGGAAAAUCUUAAAGAAAAGGAAAGCUGUGCUUCUAGACUGUGUGCAUCAAACCAGGAAAGUGACUACCCACUUGAGAAGACCAUGAACAGCAGUCCGAUCAAAUCUGAACGUGAAGCACUGCUAGUGGGGAUUAUCUCCACAUUCCUUCAUGUUCACCCAUUUGGAGCAAGCAUUGAAUACAUCUGUUCCUACUUGCAUCGUCUUGAUAAUAAGAUAUGCACCAGUGAUGUGGAAUGUCUCAUGAGUAGACUCCAGCAUACCUUCAAGCAGGAAAUGACUGGAGUUGGAGCCAGCCUGGAAAAAAGAUGGAAAUUCUGUGGUUUUGAGGGCUUGAAACUCACCUGAAUCUCUUUGCCUGACAACCUGGGAUCCUGAAAAUAAGUGUGUGUUGGACAAGCUUGAAAAGUGAUUUGUGUUUUCAAUGGUUUUCAAGUGGGAAUUACUUUGAAUUUGUCAAUUCAUUUCUGGAAUAUCUUUUGAGUUAAAAUAAGGAUCCUAGAACAGCACCUCAAGCUACAGGCCCUAAAGAGAAAUUGCCUCAAACCUCAAGUGCUGUAAUGUCCUCCCCUUUCUGUCAAUUGGUUGUCUUUUCUUAGUAGCAGUAUUGAAAGAGUCUUGAGGCUAAAGAGUGUUUGGAGUGUUUUCAGUGUCUGUACUACUGUUGUAGACUUUGGUAUUUUUUUAAACACUGUUAACUGAAAUGUUUUGAUGACUUCUAUGUGAUUUGUGUUUCCAAACUUCUCUUCACAUUAAUGUUGCUACUGGUGAAAGGAAUGAGAGGAACGCCAGGUACUCUGUGUAGCUGCCGUUGUCUUUCCAAUCCUCAGUAGACCAGUAAAUGAAUCACACAUCAGCAUCUUCUAGAAGGUGCUUCAUGUUCACCUUUUAAAUAACAAAGCAUGGUUUGUGGCUUUUUGCAAAAUUACUAUGAACCAAAAGUUGACAAAUGUUCUAAAGCUAUUUUCUCUAAUAUAUCAGAUAAAAGGUC